UUUACAAAAGAAAAACAUCGCUUGUCGUAAUGUAAUUUACACUUCGGGAGUAUGACAGUAUGAAUAUUAUAAGAUUCAUUAUGCAUUACUUAAACAUAGUUUAUCUUUCAUACGAUCAUAUAACAUCAGGCGCGUGAAAGAAAAUGGCUAAUAUUUACGCUGAAAGUCAUAUUGGGAUUUCAAAUUAUCAUAAAGAAAUACGUGUUAAGAACAUAAAAGAAUGUGUUGAGGAGAAUUCAAGGAUAAAUCCAGAUAAAGAAGCUUUCGUUUUUGUUUCAACAAAUGGUGGAAGACAGAGUCUUACAUGGUCAGUACUUUACGAAAGAUCAUGUGCCGCAGCAAGAUCAUUUAUUCAGCUCGGAAUGAAAAGGAAGGAAAUUGUUGCCAUUAAUCUUCGAACAUGCCCUGAAUGGCUUUAUGCGGCGUUCGGGGCGAUGAUAGCAGGCGCGAUCCCGGUAAGUGUUUCGUUCACCUAUACAGAUGGCAGUGACUUGGUAGCGUUGAUGCAGAAACUACAACGUUGUUCUCUUCUCAUUAUGGAUCCUGGACUGGACAACGUUAACCGGAACAUUGUACAGAAGCUACUUGAUGAGAAUAGUGAAAAUGGAGCGGUUCAUUCUUCAAAAUUGCCAUAUCUUAAGUACCUGGUAGGUGUCGGCUUUGAGGACUGCUCAGCUCUUGUGAAAAGUUUUCAUGAUUUACUAAACGGAACUAACACCGACGUUUCUUUUCCGGAUAUAGAAACUGGAGAUGUUGCUGUCAUGUUACAGACCUCUGGCAGCACGGGAGUGCCAAAACUUGUAGCACAUACACACGCAUCACUCGUCUCUCUGAUUGGCUCUGACAUGAUACCUCUUGACGAGAGCUAUAGAUUAUUCAACGAUCGUCCAUUUAAUUGGAUUGGAGGGUUUCCAUUUUCAGUUUUGACAGGGCAAACGAGGGUGACAAUAUUAGGAUUCUGCGAUCCGCCAAAGAACAGAGUCUCCUUUAUGAAAGAGGUCAUAGAAAAGGGAGAUGUUCACUGAUAGUAGCGUUGCCUCCGCUGAUGGCGGAACUUGCACGAGUACAGGAUGAGCUGCCUUCUGAUUGGCCAGUCGUGGGAAUAGUCACGGGAGGCCAGCCAAUGACAAAAGCCUUAACGGAAAGCAUUGGAAAAACAGGGAAGUUUCUUUGCUGUGUUUAUGGGACAUCAGAAACGAUAUUUUUAACCCAGAUUUUGAUAACAGAGGGCGACAGUUUUACUGAAUAUGCAUGCGGUACACCGUUAAAGAUGAAAGGGAUUGAAAUGAAAAUUGUUGAUGAGAGUGGCAAAACAAUACCUGUGAAUACAAGAGGUGAAAUAUAUGUUAGAUCACCUGGAAUGUUCAAAGGGUAUUUCAAUGAUCCUGAGAAAACUAAAGCUGUAAUGACUGCCGACGGAUGGUAUAAAACAGACGAUAUCGGGCGUAUGACUGAGAAAGGGGAGUUUUUUGUUGAAGGCCGAAAAUCUAAUAUGAUAAUUUCGGGAGGAAUGAAUGUUGCCCCCGAAAUUUUAGAGCAAGUGAUGAAAACAUUUCCUGGAGUAGAGUCAGCAGUCCUUGUUCCGAUACCAGACGACGUUUACUAUCAGGUUGUGUGCGCAUGCGUUAUUAAAACAACUGGUAGUGACAUCACCGAGAAGCUGCUUCAAAAAUAUUGCGAAGAUUUUCAUACAGAUAAGCCAGGGCUUUUUACCGUACUACCAAAGUAUUACCUGAUCAUGGAAAAACUGCCAGAAACAAACACAGGAAAAACAGACAGAAAAGAAAUUGAAAGACUUGCUUGCAGCAAAUUUAGAUAAAUUCUUUCAUAGUUAAGAUUGUAAUAACUGUUCACUAGUUAUAUAUCUUGGAAGAAAAUGUAAAGAAUAGUGUGCAUCCAUACUUCUAAUUUCGUCGUAUAGCGCAUAAUAUGUCAGAUGUUCUUGACUUUUACCAAUUUAAGAUUGUUCUGCACGAUCGGAUCAUUUUUAGCCCGACUAUACGAAGUAUAAGGAGAGCUAUCCUACUCGCCCCAGCGUCGGCGUCGGCGUCUUUCCGCGUCCCCACCUUGGUUAAAGUUUUGGUGCACUUUCUCUUUUUUCAACUUAUCUCUGUAAUAACUUGAUGGAUUUGAUUCAAACUUGAAAUACUUAUUCCUCAUCAUCAUCCACAUCAUCUGACAUAAGGGCCAUAACUCUGGCACCAAUAUUUCAUGAAUUAUCCCCCCUUUUCACUUAGAUUUUCAGGUUAAAGUUUUAAUGCACUUUCACUCUAACUCUGUUAUUACUGAAUGGAUUUGAUUCAAACUUAAAAU